AUGAGCAACGAGCAAGCCGCUUCCCAGCCACAGCUGAAACCGAUCAGCACAAUGGCUCUUGCUCCGGGAUCAGGGCUGGUAUCGCCCUUCGAUACAGCACGUCCACAGCAAUGGGGAGCCUGGAUCACCGGCCUGAAGCAAGUCCUGAUUUUCUACCAAGUGAUGGAUAAGGCCAGGAUGAAGGGCCUGGAGAACCUUUUGUCUGAGGGCGCUGGGGACCACGACCCUGCCACUCCCUCACCACCCAGCCCAGCACCCGGGAUAGGACGGGGUCCCGGGCCAAGCGGCGGGCAAUGUCCGCAGCCUGCAACAAUGCAUCCGCAGGCCCUCCAGCUGGAGGACCCGGUGCGCGGGGGUCGGAUCCUCAACCACGUCUGGCAGGGGAAGUCGGCUAAGGGCGUCGGCGUGGCCCAUUGCUUUCCCCGGGCGGUGUUGGAGCUGUAUGGUUGGGAUCACUCGGGCCACAAAAGGAAGCGGCUCCCCCCGGUUAAAAGGUCCCUGGUGUGCUACCUGAAAGGAAGAGAGGUGCGGAUGCAGAAUGAGUCCAGCUACCACCGACUCCUGCACGGGUACGCCGCCCAGCAGCUGCCCAGUCUCCUGAAGGAACGGGAAUUUCACCUUGGGACCCUGAACAAAGUCUUUGCCUCUCAGUGGCUGAAUCACCGGCAAGUGGUGUGCGGGACAAAAUGCAACACAUUGUUCGUGGUAGAUGUCCAGACUGGCCAGAUCACCAAGAUCCCCAUUCUGAAGGACCGGGAACCCGACAUGGUGAACCAGCAGGGAUGCGGGAUCCACGCCAUCGAACUGAACCCUUCGAGGACCCUCCUGGCUACCGGAGGCGACAACCCAAACAGCCUUGCGAUUUAUCGGCUGCCCACGCUCGAUCCGGUCUGCGUGGGAGACGAUGGACACAAAGAUUGGAUAUUUUCUAUUGCGUGGAUCAGUGACACCAUGGCUGUUUCUGGUUCCCGAGACGGCUCGAUGGGCCUGUGGGAAGUGACGGACGAAGUCCUGGCCAAGAGCGACGCAAGACGCAACUUGUCCCGAGUUCCGGUCUACGCUCACAUCACACACAAGGCUCUGAAGGACAUCCCCAAGGAGAAUACCAAUCCAGACAACUGCAAGGUCCGGGCUCUUGCCUUCAACAACCGGAACAAGGAGCUGGGAGCCGUGUCCCUGGAUGGGUACUUCCAUCUCUGGAAAGCUGAAUACACGCUGUCAAAGUUGCUCUCGACAAAAUUACCCUACUGCCGAGAAAACGUGUGCCUGGCCUAUGGGCAGGAGUGGUCCGUGUACGCGGUGGGGUCCCAGGCACACGUGUCGUUCCUGGACCCCCGGCAGCCUUCCCACAAUGUCAAGUCGGUCUGUUCCAGGGAGCGAGGCAGCGGGAUUCGGUCCGUGAGCUUCUACGAACACAUCAUCACGGUGGGGACAGGGCAGGGGUCGCUGCUGUUCUACGACAUCCGAGCCCAAAGGUUCCUGGACGAGAAGCCGCCGCACAGCUGCUGCGGACCGAAUAUGGGAGGAAACGAAAUCCUCAAGCUGUCCACUGGCAAAGGCUGGCUGAAUCAUGACGAAACCUGGCGGAAUUACUUCUCCGACAUCAGCUUCUUCCCAAAUGCUGUUUACACCCACUGCUACGACUCGUCUGGCACGAAGCUCUUUGUGGCGGGAGGCCCACUUCCGUCUGGACUCCAUGGGAAUUAUGCCGGUCUCUGGAGCUAAUAACUCUGUUUCUAAACCAGGAUCUCUAGUGCGAUUUUUUCCCCCCCCCGACACCCCCCCCCCCCC